CUCUGAGUGCAGCUGUAGGUUCAUCACGUGACUUUCUCUGUAUUUAAUAUUUAUAACAGCCUCCUGCUAGCAUCCUGUGGCUAACCGGUUAGCUGACGAGCAAAAGUUCCGCGACAGACGGAUAAACACGGGGCUUCCUACCCGCUGCUGCCCGGUGAGCGCCGAGUGACGGCGCGGGGUUAGAGUCGGUCGGAAGACAACCGGGAGAAACAUUAAUUUCCGGUUGUUAUGCCGCUCUGAACGUCACCGGACUGAACCGACCACCGGAGAAGAGUUACGGUCAAGCCACCGGAAACCUAAACACACAUCCGGUUCACGCCUUUCACAAAAAAACAAGUAACGCUUGUUUAAAAUGAUCUUUAACCAAUUGAAUAAAGAUCAAGAAAAAAGUGUCCCUUCCAAUUAUUAUUGUUAUAUUAACACUCGUUUCUCCUUUGUACUCCAACUGAUGUACAAGUACUUCCCCAGGAUACAUUAAGUGUGUAAACUGACCGGUUCAAUAUCACAACAUUCAGAUUAUAAGGAAUCAUUUGUUUCAUGACAGUUGGGUAACAUCUUUAAAUGGAAUGUAUUCAUUAAAAUAGAAAUAGAACAUGUAAAAAGUGUUCACAUAGGAUUUAUAUGUUGUUUCGUGACAUUUUUGCUUUAAUUCUUUAGAAUCUGUAUUUCCGGUUGUGCUUAUUGACGUAUUCUUAGCCGCGCGACUAGAUCCGCCCAGUCGAUCAACGAAUCAUCGAGCAGCACGCCAACAACAAAUAACAUGGGCGCUUUUGAUCCCGAGUUCAGUCUCCCAGGCAGACCACCUUUACAACAGAGUUCUGGUCUACAGACAAGGCUCAUCUGUAAAACAAUUACAUUACAAAAUAAGUACGCUAAUAAUAAAUAGUAAACCAAAACAAACACAUUAUUUGUAAUACACAUGGCCGCCUGUAGCAGUAAAUAUUGAGAUGUGCCUGCCAGUCAGACUAAAGGGCGUCCAUCCAUCUCGUCAUCCAGGGCGAUUGUCGAGCAGCUCCACAACGAGCUGCGGGAGAAGUUUGUACCGGGCGUUCCCGCCGUCUCUUCCCGGUGAUCCUGCGCGAUGUUUGGCUGUCUGGUCGCCGGCCGCUUGGUGCAAACGGAGGCGGUGCAGGUCGCUUCGGACAAAUUCGUGUUCGACCUGCCGGACUACGAGCACGUGAACCACGUGGCCGUCUUCAUGCUGGGCACGGUCCCGUUCCCCGCCGGCUCGGGCGGUGCCGUCUACUUCUCGGUCCCGGACUGCGGGGGUCCGGUGUGGCAGCUGCUGGGCUUCAUCACCAACGAGAAGCCGAGCGCCAUCUUCAGGGUGUCCCGGCUGAAGGCCGGGGAGGUGAGGGGGUCGCACCCCUUCGGCUCCUCCUCCUCGUCGUCCUCCUCGGUGGCUCAGGUGGGGGUCUCGGUGGAGGCUCUGGACCAGCUGGCCCAGCAGACCCCGGUAUCCGGGUCUGCUGCGUCCACCGAGGACUCGUUCCUGCAGUUCGCCCAGAAGACGUUGGACAGCUUGUUCAACUUCGCCGCGUCGUUCGCCGUGACGCAGGCGCAGAUGACGCCGAACCCGUCCGAGACCUUCAUCCCGUCCAGCUGCGUCCUGAAGUGGUACCAGAACUUCCAGAGGCGGAUGAGCCAGAACCCGAACUUCUGGAAGACCUGAGCCUCCUUCCCACGGGACGUUUAUAAUAAAUACAAACUAACUACA